GCGGAGCUGGGUUGUCAAAUACGCCCUGAAACUGCGCUACCGGUUGGAAGGGGCAGACUCUGAUGUAUUUAUUUCUGCAGAGAAUCCACCAUGGCAAUGACAGGCCCGACGCCAUGCUCGUCCAUGAGUAAUCACACCAAGGAGCGAGUUACGAUGACGAAGGUGACGUUAGAAAACUUCUACAGCAAUCUCAUCGCACAGCACGAAGAACGAGAGAUGAGACAAAAGAAGCUAGAACAAAUGAUGGAAGAAGAAGGCUUAAAAGAUGAAGAGAAAAGGAUCAGGAGGUCAGCACAUGCACAGAAGGAAACAGAGUUUCUUCGCCUAAAGAGAACAAGGCUUGGUUUGGAAGACUUUGAGUCUUUGAAAGUGAUAGGCAGAGGAGCAUUUGGAGAGGUGCGACUUGUCCAGAAGAAAGAUACGGGGCAUGUUUAUGCAAUGAAAAUACUGCGUAAAGCUGACAUGCUUGAAAAAGAGCAGGUUGGCCAUAUUCGUGCGGAGCGGGACAUUCUGGUGGAGGCAGACAGUUUGUGGGUUGUGAAAAUGUUCUACAGUUUUCAGGACAAGCUAAACCUCUACCUUAUCAUGGAGUUCCUGCCUGGAGGUGAUAUGAUGACACUGUUGAUGAAAAAAGACACUCUAACGGAAGAAGAGACCCAGUUCUAUAUAGCUGAGACUGUGCUAGCCAUCGAUUCUAUUCAUCAGCUGGGUUUUAUCCAUCGAGACAUAAAACCGGACAACCUUCUUCUGGAUAGCAAGGGCCACGUAAAACUCUCAGAUUUUGGUCUGUGUACUGGACUAAAGAAAGCCCAUAGAACAGAAUUUUAUAGAAACUUGAACCAUAGUCUUCCUAGUGACUUCACUUUCCAGAACAUGAAUUCCAAAAGGAAAGCAGAGACUUGGAAGAGAAACAGACGGCAGUUGGCUUUUUCUACUGUGGGUACUCCGGAUUACAUUGCCCCUGAAGUUUUCAUGCAGACUGGAUACAACAAACUUUGUGACUGGUGGUCGCUUGGGGUCAUCAUGUACGAGAUGUUGAUCGGUUAUCCACCAUUCUGCUCUGAGACUCCUCAGGAAACAUACAAGAAAGUAAUGAACUGGAAAGAGACUCUCACGUUUCCUCCAGAAGUUCCGAUAUCUGAUAAAGCAAAGGAUCUUAUUUUAAGAUUUUGCUGUGAAUGGGAGCACAGAAUUGGUGCAUCUGGUGUGGAGGAAAUAAAGAGUAACCCAUUCUUUGAAGGGGUUGAUUGGGAGCAUAUCAGAGAGAGACCUGCUGCAAUUUCAAUAGAAAUUAAAAGCAUUGAUGAUACCUCAAACUUUGAUGAAUUUCCAGAAUCCGACAUCCUUAAACCAACAGUGGCAACAAGCAACCAUCCAGAGACUGACUACAAGAACAAAGACUGGGUUUUUAUCAAUUACACCUACAAGCGUUUCGAAGGUCUGACAGCCCGAGGAGCAAUACCAUCCUAUAUGAAAGCAGGAAAGUAAUAAAUCUUUACCUGGGACAACUUCUAAGCAGUGGAAUUCUGUUGCUGUACUUUGGGUUUAAUACCCAUAAAAGAACUUUUCUUUUUUUAAAGAAAACUUGAGGGCUAUCAACUCUUGGAGAAGACUUCAGGACCCUGUUUUGUUACACACCCUGGUUGUUACUAAGGAUUUUUUCUUUCUGCACCGUUGAAAAAUUCCACAAAAUGUUUGCAUCAUCUCUGCUGCGAGCACGUUUUGCUGCUUCAGGAGCAAGAGUUUGUUUUCUUUUUAAAUGCUUUGCCAGAUUGUACAGUCCAUCAGGAGAUGAGAGCAAGCCUUCACUUUGACGUUGCAAAGCGCAUGAUGUUUAUGUGGACUGUUUGCCAGUCCUGCAUUAAGUGACAAACUCAAUCUGCCAAUUCUGCCAGCACUGUUUUCCCAGUGGCUAAGGACUUCAGUACAGAGGAAACAAAGCAAUAAUUAAAGCUUGACAUAGACAGCUCUCUGAUAACUAUCUAGUAGAAGGACGCAACUUGUAUUGCCUUAACCUUAGUUUGUAGUGCUGUUUUUUAUAAUGCUACUCGGAAGCCUCUUUAAUAGCAUUUCUCAACUCUGUUGCAGUGGCCUCCAGUUGCAGUGCACUUUACUUUUGGUACUAAGACAGUGACCCUCAAGCCAUUUAAUAUUUUUUCUAAAUUAAAAAAUUGUGCGACACUUUUUUUCUUUUCUAGACAAGUCUUAGGGAGAAACAGGCCACUCCUCCAGCGCCAACAGUUUUCAGUUACUGUAUGAAAGGAUGGAUCUAUAAACAAUGCAGGUAAUAAAAACUACAGCUGGUAACACAGGUGGGUCUGGAAUUAGAGCAGAGAGGGAGGGAAAUUCAUUUAGCCUGAUCAUCCAUGGGCAUCUUGUGUACAGUUGGGUCAGCUGUGAGGCUUCCCCGUUCCUACUGCUGCCAUCUUUUGGCCACUUAAAAGAUCUGCUGCAUUUUCAUCGGUUUACAAGAUGAAACCAUCUUUUGUGGCCUUUUUGCUCUUGGUUUUGAGUAGAACAGUAUUGGAUUUUUCUGUGAAUCUUGAUGACAGAGGCCUCCCUGGCUUUUCCAUGCAGAGCUCCUCCUGCGGUCGUGGCUGAACCAUCUGUCCCUGUAGUCUUCCAAAGAGACGGUGCCCCAUGAGGUCACUUUUGGGGCAGUGGAACCCACCAUGUCCACUCUUUGAUUACUGCCUAAUAUAAGUUAUCAGAGGACAUUCAGUUAUGAUCAGGAUGCUCUCCAGGAGAGCCCCAAAGUGCCUUUCCUUGCCUAAGCAUCUCUCAGAACAUGACUGCAUUUUGGGAGGGAGGAUUCUGCCUCAGUUGAGCUUUUGGUAAUUCCUAUUUAUAAUCACGAGCUCCGCCUGGCGCCUGUUUUGUAGUUACCUCUGCAGUUCCAGGGGCAGGUGGCAUUAACCUUUGGGCCAGCCUGGUACCAGUCUUCAAUUUGCGAUUGGAUUUUAAAAAAAAAAAAAAAAAAUGUAAGGAGGUUUCUAAAAGCAUGUCUCAAUUUGAACUGUCUUGGAUUCUUGCGAACUUUAUUGGUGCUGAACACUAACUACAUAGCACAGAUGAAAAAAAAAGCUAUUUACAAACACAGCUAGUGUUUUGAAGUAAAAGGAAGGCUUUCAGUUAUAUUUAGGCCUAUCUUUCUAGAUUAGGAAAUGAAAGAAAAUGAGUUUGUAGUGAAACUUUUUUUUUUAAUAGGUGCUUUUAGGGAAUUUUUACGUAGAUACCUUUUGAACCGAGUGCCAUCAUGAAGGACUGAUUGGUGGAUUGGAAGUACAAUGUAUAGCUAGAGCUGGGUGAUAGCUCGUUAACAUCCUUUCCCUAACUCCCCCUUGUGUUUUUUGUAUGUGUCCUAGGAGUUUAAUGAAUUGCCAUAAGCAGUUGAGAUGCCAGUUGGAUCCUACAAAGCUAAAAUGCAAAACCAGCCUUAAUUAGAAGUACCAGGAUCACUGCAGUCAGCAGGGCUUACUCAGAUGAAUAAGGGCUAACUGAAGUAAUGACUUAUAGGGUCGGGCUUUUUAUCAACUAGCCAGUAAUAUCACCUUCUGCUCUCUUUUUAUUGUCUAUGAAGGACUGAUACCAACUUCUCAAAUUGCUCUAUCUCCUUAUCCUACAGUUUCUUCUAGCCAUUGAAAAUGUUGCCUUAUAAACCAUUGGAAAACUAAGAGGUAUUAACAUCAAAACAUUUUUUUUAAAUUUCUAAUAGCUUAAUUACUGCCUUAAAAUU